AUGGUGAUUCCUAUUCAGUCGCGCCUUCGCGACAUGACGCUCGCCAAAGCGUCUGCUAUCGCGCCUGUCGCCAGCACCGAUCCGGCCCAGGUCACCUUCAGCUGGAGUGGCAGCUCCUUUGAAAGCUCACCACUUUCGAACCCAUCUGCGCCUCCUCCUACCCCCACCGACUCCCUUCUCGAUAUCACCCCGCGCAAAUCGUCCUUCUCCAGCGAGUACGGCAUGGGAGCAGCAUGUGCCUUCCCUUCCUGGCCCAACCGUCCCGCUCUGGCCAGCGCUGACUCAAAUGACUCCUUCACCAACAACGCCUAUCUCUCUGACGAAGAUCUUCUCUGGAUGCCUGAGAACGCAGCUGCCAAUACCGCCAUCGACGAGGCCGGACCCCAGGUUCCUGAGAUGGUAUGCUCAGCAACCUUGGAGCAGCAGCUCCAGCGCAUGCGCAUAAUCGCCGAACAAGAAGAUCGCCUUCGAUUCCUAGCCAAGGUGGAGGCCCACGCCCGAGCCACCCAGGCUCUCCGACAAGCAAAGACCGACAAGCUCUCCGUGAUCAGCGAGCGCACGUCCUCGCCAUCGAAGCCUCGGAAGCGUCGCCUCGCCCCCGGCCCGAAGCGUCGCACCCACUCAUCAUAG